ACGUUGAAAAAGAAAAUUUGAGAGGUUGGCAGCACUGUCAUCUGAAUGUGAAACAACUUCGUGUCAAACGUGACAUUGCGGUUUUCUCCCAACACUCUAUUAGACCGAAGAAGCAACACACAAUACGCUCAUUUUAUUCAUCACAAAGCAAAAAAAAAUUGAGAAAUCAACAAUAAAAUUACGAUCGCCUGCUCGUUUUCCUUAGUUUGUGCAUUUAGUUUUGAACUUGUGUUUGAUAAAAAUUGAUUUGCAAAAUGCCAAUUGAAAAUCUGGAAGAACAAGGUUUGGAGAAGAACCCAAACUUGGAGUUGGCUCAAACGAAGUUUUUGUUGACACUACCCGAAUACAAAAGCGACAAAACGUUGUCGGAAAAGUUGAUGAGCAGCAUCAAGGCGGAGAAUAUGGCUCCAUGGUAUGAGCUGGUGUGCCAAGAUUUGGGCUGGCCCGUCGAUCAAACGCUGUUGAACAACAUGAAAAAAGCCAACACACAGAAGCUCGAGGAAUUGGAUGCGGCCAUCGAAGACGCCGAAAAGAAUUUGGGCGAAGGUGAGGUGCGUGAAGCCAAUUUGAAGAAAUCCGAGUAUCUCAGCCGUAUUGGUGACAAAGAUGCAGCCGUAUCAGCAUUUAGGAAAACGUACGAAAAGACCGUUUCGCUUGGUCAUCGUUUGGAUAUUGUGUUCCACAAUAUUCGAUUGGGUUUGUUCUAUUUGGACCAUGACCUCAUCACACGCAACAUUGAAAAGGCGAAAUCGUUGAUCGAAGAGGGCGGCGAUUGGGAUCGACGCAAUCGCUUGAAGGUCUAUCAAGGUGUUUACAGUAUUGCAAUUCGUGAUUUCAAAAGUGCAGCCACUUUCUUCUUGGACACCGUUAGCACAUUCACAUCGUACGAAUUGAUGGACUACGUGACAUUCGUUCGCUACACCGUUUAUGUCGCCAUCAUCAGCUUGCCGCGAAACGAAUUACGCGACAAAGUCAUCAAAGGUGCUGAAAUCCAAGAAGUUUUGCAUUCAUUGCCCACGGUCAAAGCCUAUUUGUUCUCAUUGUACGACUGCCAGUACGCCGAUUUCUUCAAAGAAUUGUCGAAAGUCGAAAUGGAAUUGCGCCAGGAUUAUUUGGCCAAUCCACAUUAUCGGUUCUACACGCGUGAAAUGAGAAUCAUCGCCUAUACACAGCUACUCGAUUCGUACCGUUCGCUAACCUUGGAGUACAUGGCCGCCACAUUUGGCGUAUCCAUCGAUUACAUCGAUGCCGAACUCUCGCGAUUCAUCGCUGCUGGCCGUUUGCACUGCAAAGUCGACCGUGUUGGAAAGAUCGUCGAAACAAAUCGUCCAGACAACAAGAAUUGGCAAUACCAAUCCACAAUCAAACAGGGCGACUUGCUGUUGAAUCGCAUUCAAAAACUCAGCCGUGUUAUCAAUAUUUAAUCGUAAUAAUCCGUUUUGAUAGAAAGAAACAAAACAAAAAACAGAACCAUUGAAAUUUAUAUCCUAAUAUACUUAAGCCACAUCUCGCUGAAGACUUUAAAUGGCGUUCAUUGAUCCAACACAAAUGUCUAACAUCAAAUAAAGAAUAAAAAUUUUGUUUUGAAAAUAAAUGAGGAAAAAACCAA